AUGUGUCUGGAAUGCCAGAAAGGUAAAUCAGAUAUCAAAUCCAACCCACAACACCACCGUGGCAGCUGUUCCUGCAGUAGUGUGCAGAGCCCCAGCGUCAGUGUUUCAGAGAAGCAACACCAUUCUCUCCCAAAUAACCGAGCAAAGACAGCCCGGACCGGCCUUCCACCCCGCCCAUCUGCCCGCAUCACCCUUGCAGCGGUAGCGGAGACUGUUCCAAGUAUUUGGAUACUUGCACGCCCGCGCCAGGGAUGA